AUGGGAGGGAACAGUGAAGAGCUGAAAAAUGCCAUGCCCCACAUUAAACACCAACUGCAGGAUGACGUUCACGCUCAGGGUGAAUCCAUGAGGCUCAUCUCGGAAGGCUGCCCUGGGGUCCGGAAGCUCAACCUGUCUAACACAAGGAUCACCUGCCCAGAAAAAGAUAAACACAGCCUGCAAACACUGGACCUCAAAGGAGGAUUUGAAGUUUUAAAUGGACUCUGGGCUGGGAAAAUAAGGAAUCAGAUCUUACUAAUGGAGAAGACACAGCUCUUUGCCAGAAUUCAGAAUAUAAAGAACUUUCACAUACAGAACCUUAGUUUAAUUUAUUGCAGAAAGUUCACGGACAAAGGUUGACAGUAGCCGAGUUUAGGCAGAGGAUGCCACAGGCUUACCUAGCUGUACCUUUCAGGCUGCACCCAGGUCUUUCAUCAGGGCUUCAAGAGCUUUGCGAACAGCUGCAGUGGGAUUAUGCAUCUGACCAUCAAGGACAUGCCAACGCUGAUGGACAGCUGUAUCAAACUUUUGGUUGAAAAGUGCUUGUGUCUUAACUCUGUAGUUUUUACUGUUGUUCCUCAUAUCACCGAUAGAGCUUUCAAAGCUCUUUCCCCUUGUAGCCUGAGAAAGGUUUGAUUUGGAGGAGACAAAAGGAUUACUGAUAGUUGCUUCAAUUUAAUAAACAAACAUUAUCCAAAUAUCCAUCACAUUUACACGGUGCAUUGCAAAGCCUUCACAGAUGGCAGCCUCAAGUCUCUGUCAGUUUUGAGGCAACUGAUCAUUCUGAGUUUGAUGAACUUAUUUAGGGGUGGUGAUGUGGGACUUAAGCAUUUUCUUCAUGUUCCUGUUAAACAAGUUAGAGAGCUAAAUUUAAAUAAUUGUGUCCAUCUGGGUGAUUCUUCCCUUAUAAGACUAUAAGAGCAGUGCCCUAAUGUAAACUACUUAAAUUUACAAAACUGUAGAUAUUUGACUGACCUGGGAAUUAAGCAUAUUGUUAGCAUCUUUUCUUUGGUAGCUGUAGAUAUUUCUGGAACGCUCAUCUCUAAUAAGGGGAUGAACAUACUUUCCAGACACAAAAGAUUAAAGAAACUUUUUCAGUCUGAGUGCUCCAGAAUCACUGAUGUAGGAAUUCAGGCCUUCUGCAAAGGCUCACUGAUCUUGGAAUACUUGGAUUUCUCUUAUUGCCCACAGCUGUCAGAUGAGGUUAUCAAAGCACUAACCAUUUACUGCCUUCACCUCACAUCUCUCAGUAUGGCUGACUGUCCGAAGAAAGUGAUGGAAUUGCUACCAGUCAAAUGCCAUUCGCACAUCUUGGCUCUUUCGGGUUGUAUCCUGCUUUCUGACCCAUUCCGUGAGAACCUCAAAGAGGGUUGCACCAGGAUCCUGAAGAUGCUGUACUGCAGAUACAUUUCUGCCUAA